UUAUUUUAUCCCUCUCUUCUUAGUUUUUUCUCACUUUCUCUAGAUGCGAACACCCCAUUAUAAGCUCUGAAUUUUCAGUUCUCUCUCUCUCUCUUUCUCUGUGUUCUCUUCACUUGUAGAGGGAAAAGUGGAAACCUCUUCAAUCUCUCAGUAAACAAGUAGGGGAAGGCCAUGUGAGCUGUUUGAAGUACUGGAGUGAGAUUGUUGCUUUGCAGUUUUGAUUAGCUUUGUGGUUUUAUUGGUGUGCGCACAGAAUGGGCAAGGGUUGUGGAAAAUUAGGGAGAAUGGUGCCAAGGGAUGAGUCUGCGGAUGCUUAUCAUUUCUCUCUCUUAUUGUCUCCUGUUGUUUCUGUUUGGGAUUGUAUUGUCCGGAAGAUGAGGUACUCCUUCAGACCUGAGUGGGUGUAGUUCUUGAACUUUUGAGAUUACGUUAGUUUUAUAUGCUGAAAUUUGGUGGAGUAUUUUUUAGUAGUAAACAAAGAGUGAAAAAAGAACAGAUAAAGAACGAAAGAAAGUUAUAGGGAAAAUGUACACAUUUUAGAAGAGUUCUUUGUAAGCUAAUAAGUUGAAAAGAGGACAAUAUUUGUAGUUCAGUAGUUAUCAUGGAUAGCAUAGCAUGUAAUAAAGUGCAACCUGUUGCGAGGAAAGUGAAGAAGAAGCAGGUGAAAGGUGAGAUGGAUCGUCUCAGGCAAGCUGAGAAGAAAAAGAGGCGUUUGGAGAAAGCUCUAGCUACUUCAGCAGCAAUCCGAUCUGAGCUAGAG